GGGAGAUGGCAGCGCAGCACCACGCUUCAGGCGUGUAGCGGACGCCGGGAGGCCAUCUCGGUGUCCGUCAUCUGACGGGCAGCAGGCAGGGUGGAGUCGUUGGAUGUUGCGCAGCUGGAGCACGACGGUGCGGCUACAGUCCGGAACAACGUCAGAGCAGGCCGAGGGGGGAUGCGUCGACCCUGCAUCGCCCGGUGAUCGCCGACGUGGGCCCGAUCGCCCACCCUGGCCAGGGCCCGUGCGGAUUCUCUACAUCGAGGGCGCAUCGCUCCUGCACAAGGGCGAGACCGAGAAGGACGCCACCGAGUACGUCAACAUCCGAGGCGCCCGCGGCCUGCGUGCGUGCCGUCCUCCCUCGCAGGAGCACCUCUCCAUCGUGAUCUGCGGGCAUGUCGACAUCGGCGAGAGCACCGCCACCGCCCGCCUCAACUACGACCUGGGCGGCCUUCCGCAACGCGAGCUGGAGAAGCUGAAGGAGGAGGCCGUCUGCUUAGUACCAGGCCCCAUCGCCUUCACGUUCUACAUGGACCGUCAGAAGGAGGAGCACGAGUGCGGGGUGACCAGCGCCUGCACCACCCAAGACUUCUACACCGAGAAGUGGCACUACACAGUCGUCAUCGAUGCCCCAGGCCAUCGCAAGAUCAACAAGGUCGCAAACCUGCAGAAGAAGCUGACAACAUGGGACGGGUGGUACAAGGACUUCGAAGAGAAGGAAACGCCUGCGAUGCCAGUCUCCGGCCGGAUGGGCGACUACCUGCUAACGAAGUCUGACAACAUGGACUGGUGGAAGGAAUGCGUCGGCGAGUACGGCAAG